CAGAGUACCAAAUUGCAUCUCCUUCACUCCUUUUGACUUGGACUUCAAAACAAUACAUAUUGUAGUCAUUUGUAACCUAUAAAUAUCGACACUUGCAAUGCAAAGCAAUUGCCAUUUCUCCUUUCGGUACUCUAGAAGGAACAAGCAUGAAUCUUUCCUCUCUCACCCACCCUUCAUCUUCCCAUAUCCUCCUCCUCUUCCUCUCUAUCGCAACAUUACAGGGUCUCAAAGGCACAUUGGGUGCUUGCCACGUGGAUGAUGAAGCAGGCCUACUGGGUUUCAAAUCUGGCAUUUCCCAAGACCCGUCUGGCAUGCUCAGCUCAUGGAAACCGGGUACUGACUGCUGCAAAUGGGCCGGUGUCGAAUGUCGGAUUGGAAACCGUGUGACUACUAUCUCUCUAUACGGGCAACCGGACAAACCCAACAGUUUCUUAUCGGGUACCAUCUCUCCAUCUCUAGUAAAGGUCCAAAAUAUAGAUGGGAUUUAUUUUCAGGACUUGAGAAAUAUGACGGGUACGUUUCCGGAUCUCCUAUUUGGACUACCCAAACUUCAGUUCGUAUACAUUCGAAACAGUAAGCUUUCGGGUCCGAUACCAGAAAAAAUCGGUAAGCUAGCCCAACUUGGUGCCUUGAGUUUAGGCGGUAACCGAUUCACUGGUUCAAUACCGAAUUCAAUUGCCGAAUUAACUCAGUUGACCCAGCUCGACCUUAGCCAAAACCUUCUCACUGGAACCAUACCAGUUGGGAUCCAGCAUCUCAAAAGCUUGGACCUAUUGUAUCUCCACCAUAACCAGUUGUCUGGCCCCAUACCGGAUUUUUUCUCUUCAUUUACCGAACUUAGGAUUCUCAAAAUUUCUUACAACAAAUUUACCGGUCAAAUCCCACCAUCAAUUUCAUCAUUAGCACCCACAAUGACUUACCUUGAACUGGGUCACAAUUCCUUGACAGGAAAAAUCCCAGAUUUUCUUGGACAGUUCAAGAAACUAGACACGUUGGAUCUAUCAUCAAAUCGUUUAUCGGGAACAGUACCGAAAAGUUUUGCAAAUCUCACGAAAAUAUUCAAUCUUGAUCUUUCUCGUAAUCUUCUUGUGGAUCCAUUCCCUUUAAUGAAUGUAAAGGGUAUCGAGUCCCUGGAUUUGUCUUAUAACCGAUUGCAUCUGAAUCAAAUCCCACCAUGGGUCGCCACAUCCCCGAUUAUUUACUCUCUCAAGCUCGCGGGCUGUGGACUUAAGCUGAACUUAAAUGACUGGAAGCCGACAGAGACAUACUUUUACGACUACAUAGAUCUCUCCGAUAACGAAAUCUCGGGGAGUCCGGUGUCGUUGCUGAACCGGACCGAUUAUUUGGUUGGCUUCUGGGCUUCAAAUAACCAGUUGAAAUUCGAUAUGGGGAAACUGAGGAUUGUGAAGACUCUGAAGCACUUGGAUUUGUCGAAGAAUUUGGUGUAUGGAAAUGUACCUAAAGAGGUUACUGGAUUGGAAAAGUUGAAUGUGAGUUCUAAUCACUUGUGUGGGCAGCUGCCAGCAACGAAAUUCCCAGCAAGUUCAUUUGUUGGAAAUGAUUGUCUAUGUGGUCCUCCAUUAAGCCCUUGCAAAAAAGUGUAGCAAGAAAGCAACAAAUGUCAGUGGAUAUCAUAUACUUCCUUACUAGCCAUUCCCAUUAAAUAAAUAAAUUCGCUCUCUCUUUUUCCAGCA